GGUGCGCCGCGGUCGGCGGUCUAUAAACUCGUCGUCUCCGCCUCGCCGAGCUCCAGUCAACUUCCACGCCGGGUCGAAGAAGGAGCGGGCGCCGUAAAACUCGGCGUGGCUAAAAGCUAAGCGGAGCCUCGGCGAGGUGAAGCAGGGAGUCCUCCCCGUCCGUACACCAUCGGCACCGGGCUCGGAGCUCCAGGGCGAAGUCGAAGUCGAAGUCGGCGGCGUCGCGCUUGAACUCGGGCCGGGCGGAGAGUCGCUGCUCGGCGGGCAUGGCUUCACCUCCGUGCGGCCACGGCAACUUCGACUCCGGCCUGGAAAUCAAAACUCGCUCGGUGGAGCAGACGCUGAUCCCGCUGGUGUCGCAGAUCACCACGCUCAUCAACCACAAGGAGCGGCCCAAAAAGUCGGAGCGCACCCUAGCGGCCAUCCACCGCGUGGGCCAGGCGGUCAGCGUGGCCGUGGGACGCUUCGUCGCCGUCGGGGAGGCCAUCGCCGCCGAGAACCAAGAGCUGAAAGAUGAGAUGGGACACGCCUGCUUCGAGGCCCGGAGAGCGGGGGACGCCAUCGCCCAGCUGACGGAUGUAGGACCGGCCGCGGCCGUUCCCACGGCGACGGACUCCCGCAUCACGGUAUUCAGCGACCGCACGGGCAUGGUGAAGGCCGCCCGUCUGCUCCUGUCGUCGGUCACCAAAGUUUUGGUGCUGGCCGACCGCAUCGUCAUCAAGCAGAUCGUCACGUCGCGAAACAAGGUCCUGGUGACCCUGGACCAUCUGGAGCGCGUCAGCACCUUCCAGGAAUUUGUGCAGAUUUUCAGCCAGUUUGGCAACGAGAUGGUGGAGUUUGCUCACCUCACCGGAGACAGACAGAACGACCUGAAGGACGAGAAGAAAAAAGCCAGGAUGGCAGCAGCUCGGGCCGUGUUGGAGAAAUGCACCAUGAUGCUCCUCACAGCCUCCAAGACUUGCCUGAGGCACCCGGACUGCGAGUCGGCAAGGAUCAACAAAGACGCCGUUUUCCAGAGGAUGCGCUGCGCCUUGGAGCAGGUCAUCGAGAUCGUCACGGAGGCACGCAGCUGCGGGGAGAACAAGAGCCUCCCCGCCAGCAUUUACAACGGCAUCAAAGACUACAAGUCCAGCGUGGAGUGCCUGCGGGACAACCUGUACGCCUCGCCGCCGGACAGCGUCGGCCGCCAGCUGGAGGCGCUGGUGGAGCGCACCGAGGACUUCACCGACUCGGCCUACACGGGCCACGAGCAGCGCCAGGCCAUCCUGGGCCUGUGCCAGCUGGCCCGCCAGGACGCCCAGCAGCUGCUGCACGCCUGGACCCAAGCGCAGUCUGUCCACGCCAAAGACGCCACCGACGACUUGGAGGUGGCCAUCGCCAAGUCGUGCCAGAGCGUCAACGACCUCAGACGCGAGCUCCACAAGGUGGCGGUCAGCCGCACCUCGGACAUGCUGAGGGUCCAUGCGGAGCAUUCGCCGCUGCGUGCGCUCAAGGCGGCCGGCGGCGAGGGAAACCUGGAGGUGGUGGCGCAAUACUCCCGAACGCUGACCGAGCAGAAGGAGCAACUGGUGGAGAAUUGCCGUCUGCUGUGUCACGUGUCCGGAACCGAGCCGCUGGAGAUAACGUGCACGCACGCGGAGGAGACCUUCCACGUCAUCGGACCGCAGAUCAUCUCGGCGGCCCAAACUUUGGCGCUGCACCCGUCCAGCAAGAUCGCCAAGGAGAACCUGGAGGUGUUCUGCGAGGCGUGGGAGUCCCAGCUGAGCGACAUGGCGCUGCUCGUCCGUGAGAUCGACGACGUCUUCGAGGGCAAGCGAGGAGACAAAAGACCUUAUUUGUCACUUCCUCGACCGGGGAAACACUCGGCUAACCUGAAGACCGCCAAGGCUGUCAAGUUGGACGCGGAGGAGCAGACCAGCAUGGCCAAACUGGGCCUGGAGCUCCGCCUGCUGUCAUCGGACGUGGACGCCGAGGUGGACAAGUGGGAGGAGCCAGAGCACGACUUGGUCCGGCAGAGCCAGAGCCUGGCUAGCAUGGCCUACAACAUGUACCUGUUCACCAGAGGGGAGGGUCUGCUGAAGACGACACUCGAUCUUUUCCAUCAAGCCGAGGUUCUGUCAGAAGAAGGACUCCAGCUCAGUUCUUCCCUACAAGUCUUCUUCACUCAGCUGCUUGGAGAGGAGAAGUCAACAGUGAUGUCGGAGGUGGAGAAACUGGCGCAGUUGUGUCAGCAACUGCAAACGGGGGCCAGGACCCCCGUGCAGGGCAAGACCGCCACCUUCCAGAAGGUGGACUCAUCCAUUCAGAAAACCAGAGGGGUGUUGACACACGUGCUCAACCUCCUUCCUGUCUGCAACAAGCUCAACAGGAAGUACAAGUCCGAGAGGAGCAGUCUGGGCUCGCCGCAGGACUGGCGAGAGCGCCAGGAUGCCUCCACGCCCAUCCAAGAUGGCGACCGCGACCGCGACCGCGUCCUCAACAACAACAACAACGACGGCGACUUUGGUGUCAAACCCUUCGAGCAGCAGAUGGCCAGCCUCAACCUGCUGGAGAGCAACUAAGAACCAGCCUGCUUGGGCCUGCUCCUCUUCCCCCCCCCCCACCCUUCAGGCUACCUCUUCCAGGUAGCUUCUAACCUGCGCGCCCAGUUCUGUCCACUGGGAGGCGACAAUCUGCCAAAAAAAAAAUAAUCCUCCAACCUGAGCGUUGUGGAUUCAUGGAGACUCCGAGCGCCGCCUGGUGGCGUCUGCCAUGCUUUCGUGUUGUUUUGUGUCUUUUGUGUACAAUGUGGUGAAGAUGUUGCUGCACACCAGCUAAACCAGGGGUGGGCAAACUGCGGCCCGGGGGCCACAUGCGGCCCGCCAAGCGUUUGAAUCCGGCCCGCCAGUAUUAUUCCUUUAACAUACAAGCUGGCAACAUGACUUGCAAGUCGGUUGUCUUUUUUUUUUUAUGUAAAAUUCAAUUUGGCAAAUUGUUGAUGUUUGAUGUUUAAAGUGCUCCUGAAAAAAAGGGAAUUGAGAACAUAUAACUGACUUAUAACUAUAAAAUUCAAAUGUGGACUGUUAGAAUUAUAAGCGUAAAAUAAUGUGUGUGAAAUAUAUAUUCUGGCCCCCCCCCCCCCCCCCCCCCGGACAAUUUUGUUAACUCAACACGGCCCACGAAUCAAAAAGUUUGCCCACCCCUGAGCUAAACCCUAAAAGAGUGCGUGCAUGAUGCCAGCUUGUGUUCCGGACCCCCAUGUCGGUGUGCUAACACUCGUACACUUGUUCUGCGUCUGUUUGUCCCAGUUUGCUUUACUAUGUGCCAUACUAUAUCGGGGCUAAAGAAAGACUUACUUGCCAAAUAAUCAUAUUUUAUCAUACUAAAGGUGUCAUUAAUGAAUGAUUUAUGAGCAUUAUCAAACCAUGUUGAGUGUACUGGAAAAGAUUAUUGUGCGACAUACUGAUGAGCGUGUGAGGGUACUUGAGUUGUCAAGGAGGUACAUGCUUUUUACACGUGACAGCAGCUAAGGAUGCUGGGUAAUGUAGUGAGAGGUAGGAGAGAUGUGAAGAAAUCAUAGAUCUAGUUUUUGGACCAUCUAUUCUUUUGACAAAAGGAGAUAAUUAAAAAAAAAUGACAUGAUGAAUAAACAAUAUUUUUUAUUAAA